UCAAAAUUCCAAUAUUUGUUUACAAACAUUUCUGCAAAAAUUCAGUCUUUAAACAUUUCUCUCCAAUUUUGUUCAAAAUGACUCACAUUCACGACUUAUUUGACACUAUCAUGGAGACAAUUUUCAAGAAUCUCCCAAAACACGAUCGCCUCAAAUGCAAGGAAGUCUGUCAACGAUGGCACGAUAAUUUGAUGGAAAUUCCUGCUUUUCGUGGUGAUCGCUGUAUAUACUUACCCAAAGACUGCCGAGUUGAGGAUCCCUUGAUGAUUUUUUCAGCCACAAAAAGUCCUUAUGAAAAAUUGAAAGUAAAAAAUGUCAACGAAACCGAUGAUUUCGGAACAUUAGCUCGAGUUCUUGGCAACAACGGAUUAGAAUUUGUUCAUUUUGAUAACACAAGUCCCAAAACCAUUCAACAAAUGCUGCCUGAAAUGCGAUUCAUUAAUUCUUUAUUCUUUGUUUGUAAAGAUGAAAGUUAUCCAGAAUUCCAUAAAAUUCCAAAUCGGGUAUUUUUGGGAAAUAUCAAAGACGUUGUGAUACGUUUUUUUAAAGCAAAUUAUGAAAAAAUGAAAAUUUUUUUUGAUUUGGAAAUUCCAGCCUUGCAAAAGUUGAUACCAAAAGCAGCUACAAUAGACAUCGCAGUUUAUAACUUUGAACUUGAUGAAUGGCCGUCAUGCCUAACAGAUGUAAUUUCAUCGUCAAAUGUUGAUUUCAAAAUUUUCCAAGUUACAAUUCCAGCAAUUUGCACUUCAAAAAGUCUCUUGGAAUUCAUUAAGUGCAAAUUUGCGAAAAAUUUAGAAUUCUUGGAUGUGGAUCUUGAUAAAAUCGAAAAUUUUCAACAUUCUCUGCCCUCGUUGCGGAAUUUGACAAUUAAGCAUUCGUACGAUGGUGUAGCAAUCGAAAUUGAAGCAAUUGAAAAAAUUGACAAAUUGUGUCCCCAAUUGGAGGUUUUCGAGUUAUUCACUGUUGAAAACAUAUCCCAUUUAUUGGAUCCUUUGAAGGACAUUUUAACGACUGGAUUUAAGAAUUUAAAGAAAUUCCUUUUGUUCAUGGAAGAUGAAAAUGUUGUAUUUAAGAAGAAAUCGGGAGUUAUCGAAAUGUUCGAGUUAAAGUCAUUAACAGAAUUAAAAUGAAUUUUUGAUGAAAUCUGUAGGUCAAAAUACGAUAAAAAUUGAAAUUUUUCAAAAGCUGCCUUAAAAAUGUAAAUUUUUGUUGGAAUAAAAAAUAAAAUAAAAUUUUUG